GAAUCCACAAUCAGCGGUGGUGAACACCCGGAAGCUUUAUCACUAUGUUUGAGUGGAAACAGCGCGAAGACGAUAAUAAACACAUCAGUGGUGAAGAAGCAACAAUGUCUUCAGUUCACGGGUUGAGAGAGUUUGUCAGUCAGCGACUAACUUCUGCCGCUGAAGAAAUAUUCAGAGUCUUUGAACAAACUGUCGUCGAGUACGAGAAAGAGAUCGUUCGUCAGCGCAGGUUGUUGGAUAUCGUUUGGAAACCUGAGAUAAAGCUUCACAGGACAGAGCCCCCACAGCAUGUCUGUAAGGAGAAGGAGGUGGUUCUCACUGAGCAGCAGCUCUGUGGCCAGGAGAGAAGCUCCAGUCUGGACCAAACAGACCCAGAGCCUCCACAGAUUAAAGAGGAGCGGGAUGAACUCUGCAGCAGUCAGGAGGGAGAGCAGCUUGUACUGAAGCAGGAGAGAGAUCACUUUAUGUUGACUCCUACUAGUGAGGAGAUCGACCACAGUGGAGAAGAACCAAAGAGUGACCAACUUCUCUCUCACAACUCUCCUGUAGCUGAGCACAAAGAUCAGAGAGGAAGCGAUGAUGUGGACCCGGGAUCAACUAGAGAUGAAGAGUCGAAGAGAAAGAAGACUCAUCACAAUAACACAAGCCACAGUGACAAUGUAGAUAACUCUUUCCCAACAAAGAAGCACCUUUACACUCACAAAAGUAAAAAGUCUUUAACAUGUGAAACUUGUGGGAAAUCGUUUAAGUUCCAGUCCUGGUUAAUUAUACAUCUGAGAACCCACACAGGUGAGAGGCCGUACCCUUGCAAGACCUGUGGUAAAGGUUUCACUGACAUACCAACAUUGAAUGUUCAUCUAAGAAUCCAUACAGGUGAGAGGCCAUAUACUUGUGAAAUAUGUGGGAAAAGUUUCAGAAUCAAGACAGACUUGAUGCUCCACUUGAGAAUCCACACAGGAGAGAAACCAUACUCCUGCAACACCUGUGGGAAGAGAUUCAAUCAGAAAACAGGUUUGAACAAGCAUUUGAAAAUUCACACAGGUGAAAAGCCAUAUUCUUGCAAGACUUGUGGGAAAGCUUUUAGACAAAGUAGCAUCCUUAAAAAUCACAUGAGAACCCACACAGGUGAGAAACCCUAUGGUUGCGAAACAUGUGCAAGAAGCUUCUGUUCUUCAAAAUCAUUGCAAAAGCACAAUAGAAUUCAUUCAGAUACAAGUUGAAUAUUUAGUGAACAUGUGGGUGAGCUAUCUGACUUUGACGUGUCUCACUUGGGACUCCCCAUGAGAUCACAUUCAGCAUAGCAACAUAUUGUGUCUUUUUAAUAUGUGGGAGAGGAUUCAGUUGUUUUUCAUGGACACAGUACACAAGCCACAUAAGUGAAUGUCAGUUUACAGAGAAACAAUCUAGAUGUGACUUGUGUUCUUAACUUUAUGAUUUACACUUUUGCAGUAGAUAGAUCUCUGCAUUUCAAUGUAUUAAAUUGAUAAGAAGUCACAUUGUCAAGUUGUCAUGGUUAUGUGAUCACUCAGUUAUAAUGGUUAAAAAAGCUAAUAAUCUUUGUAGAAAUGCUGUUUAAUAGAACAGAUUCAUCAUAAUUUGUUGUUACAUAUAACUGACUAAUCAAGUAUAACUAUUUUAAUAAUAAUAUUAAUAAAUAUUUAUAUACUUAAUAUUUGUAACAUUACAUAUUGUAUUGUUAUUGAAUAUCAGGUGAAUAUUAAAGAACAAAUACCUAUUCAUAUUCAGGGGGGACAAGCCUUUAUUUUAGUUUUUCUGAAUUGCAAAAAAUUCAAGCUACACUCACUCUUGUUUGUAAAAUCAAACAAUUGAUUUGAAACUAUUUUAUCUUUACCCUAAACCAAACUCUGCCGUCAACUGCAUCAGCUAAUGUAUACAAACUACAUAAAUUAAUACAAAACAAUGCAAAGCACUUGGCAUAGAAAGAAAACUAAAUUCUUUCCUGAAAAAGUUCUGAAAGUAUUUACUAGUAUAUUUACACAUUCCUGCACUUAUUGAAACACGUAUGUUUACAUUAGUGUAAAGUGUUUCUUGGGUAGCUGGGUUUCGGUCAUACACUUUUCACCGCCAUGAUGAGGAUAAGUCUUCUAUAGGGUUGCGGGAGAGAGGGUUAAAUAUUGAAAAUCAUUCACAUAUUCUUUCUCCACAAUGAAAGCUCACUUUGUCCAAAAUGACAACGUAAACAUGAUGCCCCGUCUGAGCAAAUCACCCGGUGGACCUCCAGAAACAUUGAUGGCGUUUAGAUUUGUAUGAUCCUACGCGAUGUUUAACAUUUCGGUUGGUUCUGUGUUAAUGAUGACAAGAGGCUAAAUGGUUUGUAUUUAUAUAGCUUUUCUACUCUUGAUAACCAAAGUGCUAUACAGUACAUUUUUCAAUUCACCCAUUCACACACACAAUGCAUCUAUUAGCACUUAAUUUUUUUGUUCUAUAAGGGGCAAUUUGGCAUGCAUAUGGGGAAGACUGGGGAUCGAACUGCUGACCUGGUAGGAGUACGACCUUUCUUCCCCUCAGCCACAGUCGCACUGGGGAUUGAAGUUGUUUCUAACCUUUGAGCCUCUGUGUGUCAGUCUGGGUCAAAGUGUGCCACACUUCUAAAUGUGUUAAGUGAAUGAGAAUGUGUCUGGAGUUUUGACUUGCACAUCAAAUUCUGUCUUCAAAUGCUUCAAUAGCAAUACCAGUAUGUACAUGUAUUUCCCAGAGCAAACUAUAGACAAGGAUCUAUCAUAACAGCAAAUACUGAAUAAGAACAGCAGUUCUGGAAAGAGCAGUGUCAUUAUAAAAUGUUGUAUUUUUCUUGUAACAGCAGCGUCACACAGAAAAUUCCGAUUAAACUUUAACGUUGUGUGUCA